AGCCACGCCACGCCACGGAACCCAGCCAACGGAACCCAGCCAAUCGCACCGCACCACACCGCACCGAGCCAUGCCGGUCGGGAAGGAGGGCCGGGGAAGAAAGCGCGACCGCCGCUCGCCGCAGAGGGACCRCGAUGCGGGGGACGGGAGGGGCCGCUCGCCUUCCCCCCACCGYGUCCUUCGCCGCCGGAGGGACCRGGCGACCCCCCCGUCGUCCCCGUCCACCGCGGACCGGAGGCGAGACCGGGAACGCCGGCGGCGAAGGACCCGGUCUGCCAACCGCCGAAGAAACGGCGGCGACGGGCAUCGCCGCCGCCAUCCGAGGCACGGCCACAAAAGCGACAACAGCGACGACGACGACGACGACGACGAUGCAAGGGGCCACCGCCGGCACGACCGCGAGCGCCGAACGCACCACCACCACGGUGGUCGCCGAAGGGACAGGGGUCCGUACCGGAGGCACCACAGCAGCCGCAGCGGGAACCGAGAACGAGAACGAGAACGAGAACGGGAACGAGAACGAGAACGGGAACGGGAACGGGAACGGGAACGAGAACGAGAACGAAAACGAGAGCGAGAGCGAGAGACACCGCGGCAGAGAUCCCCGUCCCCCAGCGAGCCGUUUCGUUCCCCGUCUUGCCACAGCGACGUUCCUCCGGGCCGGAGGCGGUCUUCCCACCGGCCGCGGGGGAGAAGCCGCCGCGGCUCGCGCCGGCGCAGCGGCGGCGACGAUGCCUCCCACCACCACGGGACGGCUCGGRGCGAACGGGAGGGCCACGGCUCCGGGGGGGUUCCACCACGCGUGUACCACCGGCAUCCCUCCGGGGACGGCACCGCCGGGGAGGGCCGGGCCGUGCGGCACGCCGGUGUCGUGAGCGACGACGAGGACGGGUGCCACCCCCACGCAAGGGACRCCCCGGCGAGGGACGGUGCUGCCCYGGGCACCCACCACGCCGCUGCUUCCAAACACCACCACAAGAAACACGACGACACCACCGGCCACUUCGAGGGCCGGGACGGGUGCGUCGUUGCCGAUCGGUACCGCAUCCUGAGGGAGGUCGGUGUCGGAACCUUCGGACGGGUGGUGGAGUGCCUCGACACGAAGCGCCGGAGGGGAACCAGGCGGGGMCGGGGGGACGGCGACCGGGGCUGCCGCCCGCGGCAGCACUGCGGGGGCGGCUACUCCUGCAACAGCGAUCGCGAUCGCGACGAAAGCCCGGGCACCAUCGUGGCCAUCAAGAUCGUUCGGAACAUCCAGCGGUACUACGACUCGGCGAAGAUCGAGGCGGACAUCGUCGAGGACGUCAACCGGAAGGGGAAGCGGGGGGUCACGCACUGCGCCGUCCUGUACGACACCUUUUCCUUCCGGGGGCACUACUGCAUGGUCUUUGAGUCCCUCGGGCCGUCCCUCUACGACUUUCUGAAGGGCCAAAACUACCACCCCUUUCCCAUCCACUGCGUCUUUGACUUUGCGAGGCAGCUCCUGGAGACGCUCGAGUUCCUGCACUCGUUUCGGUUGAUCCACACCGAUCUAAAGGUGGGUGCGGUGCACGGCCAGCGCAGCGCAGCGUUGGUGUUGCGGUUGCGGUUGUUCCUUGUUGCUUGUGUUUGUCCUUGCUUCGUUCGGGCGAUGGUGAUUUCCCAAUGGUGUUGUGCAUCGAUGGGAUGCGACGCUAUGGAUGUUGCACUUGCUUGUUCACCGGUUUGUUCUUGACUCGACACGGCAUUUUAACUGACCGACAAACCUUGCACGUAUUCUCUCUCUCUUUUCUACUCAAACUUUGCUCACCAAAGCCGGAAAACAUUUUGUUGGUCGACGGAAGAACCAUCUCCCAGAGGGGAGGGCACAGCAUUCCCCAGAGCACCCGGAUCAAGGUCAUCGACUUUGGAGGAGCCACCUACGACGACGAGAAGAAGGGUUCCAUCGUCAACACCCGCCAGUACCGGGCCCCCGAGGUCAUUCUGGGSGUCGGCUGGAGCAUGCCGUCGGACCUGUGGUCCAUCGGCUGCAUCCUGGCCGAGCUCUACCAGGGCGAGCUCCUCUUUGCCACRCACGACAACACCGAGCACCUGGCACUCAUCGAGAAGGUCGUCGGGCCCUUCCCGMGGGCGAUGCUGAAAAAGGCCACCCAGAGGGAGGUCGUCGGGGAGGCCUUUGGCGCGAACGGGGCGCACAAGAUGGAGCGCGUCCUCCCGGCGGACCAGCUGUCGUACGUGAACAAGACACCCCCCCUSGAAUCGAUCGUCGCCACCCACUACGAGGAGGACGCCUGGCUCCCGAGGCUCCUGCGCCGCAUCCUGGUCAUCGAUCCGAACGAGCGGUCUACGGCGCGGGAAUGCCUGCGGGAUUUCCGGAUCUAGAUCGGGUCGACCGGGCACGGGAGAGCAAUCCACCUCCCUGUCAAAUGCCGCGAUCCUCGUGGGUUCUGGGUGGGAUGUCGGGAACGAAGAACAUGCGAGAAAAAUGUCAAGACAUUGAUCGGCUCCUAGAAACUCUGCUGAAUCAAAAUCUCCUUUGGUAUUUGGGGCCAGCAAAAGCAUCACUCAUAGGUUGCAGAAAAAGAAACAUGGUUUUCAACUUUGUCACAGAAUCAAAAAGCUCGAUCGCUGGAUUGAAAUGACGCAGUGUAAUUUUUGAUACUGCUAUCGUGGCAAAGAAUUUGAUCAAGAACAUUCCUAUUUUUUCCUUGAUGGGGCAUUCCGAAGCUACCUCUCACAUGGUGUUUGAUAUCGAGCUUGAAACACAAAUGUGGAAAUAAAAGAGAUCAUUUGGAAAUACUGUAGCRAACCAGAAGAGUUUUGAAAUAAUUUUCAAAACUAAUGGGCUGAAGAGGAAAGUAUCCAUCUCAAAUACUACCACAUCCCCUAAACCACAAAUUCCUAUUCCACGUACUUUAAAAACUUCAUGGAAUAGCUUCCCAGUCUUGUCAUYACUAGUGCAGUGUUUCCAUUACAGUGGUGGUCUGUCAUUCUAAACUAUAGGUUCACAGUGAUUUAUCAGAUAUCAMACAACAG